CAUUGGGUUUGAUUGGCUUGUCUGGGUUUGGUUGGGUUUGGAUGGGUUUGAUUGGUUUUGGUUGGGUUUGAUUUGGUUUCUAACGGUCAGUGAGGGCUUGUUUUAAACUUAUUUAAAAGUUUUUUUUACCCAAUUUUAAAGUUACUCAGAGGUUUGGUUUCUAACAUUUUUGAAAUAGUGUGCAUGUAGUGAGGUUUUGUGACGUUGGGUAGCAGCUGUGUGAGGGUUAUUGGGAGUUAUAAUGGAGCUGUGGAGACAGUGUGCAUACUGGCUCAUUCAGUGCCGGGUGCUUCCCGAGAACCACAGAGUGACCUGGGACAGCGCACAGGUGUGUGAGUUGGCCCAUGCACUGAGAGAUGGCGUGCUGCUGUGUCAUCUACUGAAUAAUCUUCUCCCUCACUCAGUCAACUUGCGGGAGAUCAACCUACGUCCUCAGAUGUCUCAGUUUUUGUGUCUAAAGAACAUCAGAACCUUUCUGUCAACAUGUCACGAGAGGUUUGCUGUGAAGAAGAGUGACCUGUUCGAGGCCUUCGAACUCUUUGAUGUCCGAGACUUCGGCAAGGUGAUUGGCACACUGUCCAUCCUGUCACAAACGUCCAUAGCUGUUCAGAGAGGAUUCAGGCCCUUUCCUGAAGAAGUGUGUGUCGGAGAUGAUGACAUCUACAACGGCCUCUCUGAUAAGAUCGAUGAUACAGUGGAUGAGGACGAUGAUCUAUAUGACUGUGUGGAGGAUGAGGAAAAUGAAGGUGAUGACAUUUACGAAGACCUCAUGAGGACGGAGGAACCAGCAGAGCCACAGCAAAAGUUUGAAGUAGACAAGAGGAGCUGCUGCCUGCAGGAGAUCAAACAGACAGAAGAGAAAUACACACACACACUGGAGUCUAUACUACAGCAUUUUAUGAGACCACUGCAGGCAUUCCUUCAUCCUCCUGACAUUGAGAAUAUAUUUAUCAACAUAGAGGAUCUAGCUAAUACACAUCGCUGUCUGCUGAAAGAGGUGCAGGCUUCCAUAUUAAAUUAUGGAGCAGAAAAUCUCUACCAAAUAUUCAUAGAUUACAAGGAGAGGCUGCUGUUGUAUGGACGAUACUGUAGUCAGGUGGAGUCUGCCACAAAACACCUGGAUAAGAUAGCAAGCAUGAGGGAAGAUGUCAGAAUGAAACUGGAGGAAUGCUCAAUGAGAGCAAACAGUGGACGAUUCUCUCUCCGAGACCUGCUGAUGGUCCCCAUGCAGAGAGUCCUAAAAUAUCACCUACUGCUGCAGGAACUUGUGAAACACACAGUCAACCCCACAGAUAGAGAGAACCUGCGUACUGCGUUAGAUGCCAUGAGGGACCUUGCUCAGUGUGUGAAUGAGGUGAAGAGGGAUAAUGAAAUCAUCCGUCAGAUCACAGCAUUUCAGAUAUGCAUUGAGAACAUGGCUCAGUCUCUAGCUUUGUUUGGUCGACCUAAGAUUGAUGGAGAGCUGAAGAUCUGUAGCCCUGAAAAGAAGUCAAAGCAAGACAGAUAUGCGUUUCUCUUUGAUAAGGCCCUGCUAGUGUGUAAGAAGAGGAGUGGUGAGAGUAUGGAGCUCAAGGAGCUCAUCGAACUCCAGCACUUCCAGCUCAGAGAUGAAAUGAUUGGAGAAAAGGACAACAAGAAGUGGACACACACGUUCCUGCUGAUGGAUUCAUAUGGUCAGAGUGGCUAUGAUCUAUUCUUCAAGACGCGUGAACUGAAGAAGAAAUGGCUGGAGCAGUUUGAGAUGGCGCUCUCCAAUAUGUCUCCAGAGAACUGCACAGCUAAUGGUCAUGAUUUCCAGAUGUACUGUUUUGAAGAGACCACUUCCUGCAAAGCCUGCCAGAUGCUGCUCAGGGGGAUUUUCUUCCAGGGUUACCGCUGCAGCCGCUGUAAAAUGGCAGCCCACAAGGAAUGUCUGGGGAGAGUUUCUGCAUGUGGACGCUUAGCAGAAAACCAAGGGACUCUGAAAAAGAACAAAUGCAGGUCUGCCACACAGAGACAAAAUAAAUCAGGUCUGCCCAAGAUGGAGGUGUGUGCUGACUACUAUGGGCUGCCCCCGCCCCCUGUGGGUUUUGGCCAACCACUGCACCUCAGUGCAGGUGAUGUCAUAGAGCUGACGCGUGCGGACGCCGACUUAAAGUGGUGGGAGGGGAGGAAUCUCACAAUUGGAGAAGUUGGCUGGUUUCCCUGCAGUAAAGUUCAUCCCUUCUUACCAAGACCAACUCCAGAUCUAACGGGGUUCUCCUGGUUUGCAGGCAACAUGGAGCGUACAGAUGCCAAAAGUCUCCUUAUGUCUCGGUCUGAUGGGACAUUUCUCAUUCGGCAGAAGGACGGUGGAGAGUUCGCCAUCAGUAUCAAGUUUAAUAUGGAUAUCCGACAUAUUAAGAUAAUUCUGACAGAGGGCCUUUACAGAAUCAAUGACAAGAAAGCUUUCAAAGGGCUCAUUGACCUGGUGCAGUACUACCAAGAGCACUCUCUGAAGGAGUGUUUUAAAGAUGUGGACACACAGUUGCAGAUCCCUUACAAGCAGCCCGAACAGAGUGCAUUCUCUCACACACACCAGCCUCACAGAGGUAUGAGCGAGCGUUAUUUUGGCACGGCUAAGGUGCGAUAUGCUUUCUCUGCACGGGAUCGCAAAGAGCUGUCUCUACGGGAGGGAGACACAGUGAAGAUCAUCUCAAAGAAAGCACACAAUGGCUGGUGGAAAGGCGAGGUUUACGGCAGGGUGGGGUUAUUCCCUUCUAACUAUGUAGAGGAGGAACACUCAGACUACUGCUGAUUCAGUGAGUUGGUUACAUACAAACUGACUCCAUAAAUCCAACUCCAACUGUGUGAAGGCAGGACACCACUGAAGGCUACUACUGACUCAGUAAAGGAGUCAUUCACACCCUGAGAAGCUCUUCAAACCUCUCUGGUUUGACUCUUUGAAUCUUUUACUUGCUCUUAAUUGCAAUAAUUUGCUUACAUGUAAAUGACAUGAGAUGUAAAUGACACAGAUAGAUUUACACUGUCCCACUAGUCCUUAACAAUAACAUAAUGAAUAUGUUUAUAUAAAUUAACAUAAUGAGACGAAUAUACUGUAGACCACCGACUGCCAGUUCUCUUCAUGAGUCUAAUUUAUGUUUUCAGGAAAACAUUCAGGGAAUUUUUUAUUUUUUUUUAAAUGUACAGCAUCUCACAGUCCAUAAAAGAACAGACUAAUCUCUCCCUGUACUGACUCUUCAGAUAUGCACUAGUGCCUUGGACAAAAUCCCAUUAAUAAGACGUAAACUCUUAAAAUAUCUCUUUAAAAACCCUUAAAUGUCUGUACUUGGUUAAUAUGGUAUAAGUGGUACCAAACUGGAUCCAUAUUUAAAUGAAAAUCCCAUAAUACAUUGCAGCUCCACUGAUAAUUUACCCAUAGCACUUAUACUUAUGGCAACAAGUGGAGAUGGGAGAGUUUGAGCCAGUUUGACUGAAUUUUUUUGUUCCUUCUACAUCUUGCACUCAACAGUGUUAUGCACCCUUAUUCAUCAGUUGUGUACAUUUGAGCACAGGUUUGGUCACCCUGCACGACAUACGAACCUCUCCUGGUCUGAUUUGUGAAACUCUCACACAGUGAGCAGAGAUUUGAGAUGUGGGAAAUGUCAGUAAAGCAGAGUUGGGUGUGGAUUACUA